AUGGCUGAAGUUCGAUCCGGAACGGGUAUGAACGAUUCCGGCAGUCACCGCCCAUCUGCGUCAUUUUCAUCAAUAAAUAUAAAUUAUAAUGAAAUAGGAGCUGAGGUUAACGAGGCUGACGUUGGCGAGUCUGCCCAACUACGGCCUUCAUCAUCACAGGUGCAAGGAACAUCAUGGUACAUAUCGAUAUUCCUGGUAGUAAACAUUAUCAUUGGUGGUGGGUUGUUGAACUUCCCCCAGGCCUACCACCAAUCUGGUGGCAUUCUUGUGGCUACAAUCCUAAUCUGCUUGAUGACCUACUCCUUGAUCAUUUUUCUCAAAUGUGCCCACAUGAAACAUUGUAGAACGUACCAGGAUGUCAUCCAGUACUUCUGCGGUCCGUACAUCAACUUCGCCUGCUCGAUCUUUAUCUUCCUCUACACAUUUGGCUCCAGCAUCAUCUUCCUAAUUAUAAUUGGGGACCAGUGGGAUAAAGUGAUGGAAAACGUUUACGACAACUUCUCGACCGCACAUCCCUGGUACCUAGACAGGAAGAUGUUCAUCGCGGUCUCAUCCAUCUUCCUCAUCCUUCCACUCUGCUAUGCCAAGAGGAUUGAUUUCCUCAAAUAUGCCAGUUCAGUUGGAGUACUGGCAGUGAUGUACUGUGUACUGUUGGUGGUCGUCAAGUAUUUCAAGGGGGUGGAUGGGUCGAGGGUAGGCCCUGUCAAACACGAACCUAAACACGCCUCAGAUAUCUUCCUUGUUGUUCCGACCAUCUGCUUUGCUUAUCAGUGCCAUUUAAGCAUUGUUCAAGUGUACGUUUGUACGAAGGAUCGAGCAAAGAAUCACAAUUUCACGAAGACCAUUAUCCUGUCUAUGCUGAUUUGCUUCGUCAUCUACUCCAUAUUUGCUGUCUUUGGUUAUCUGACGUUUGGUGCUUGUGUUCAGCCCGAUUUGCUGCUGUCGUACAAAGCCACUCCCGAAGUUCUGGCGGGGGUGGUCAGCAUUGCUCUCAAGAUGUACAUGUCCUACCCUAUCAUGCUCUAUGUUGGCAGAUCAGUGGCAGACGACAUGUACGUGGCGAUUUCAGCCAAACUGUCGACAUGCUGUAGAAAGUCAUCACCGGCUUCUGAAGAUGACGACCACACCAGAUUACUAACAUCACAUGAUGACGCUGUUACUAUUAACAAUAACGACAAUGACGACAAUCUCAUUGAUGUAUCUAACAACAGUCUGAAUGAUAAUAACCAUAACAAUCACAUAAAUCAGCGAGGUGUUAUUAUUAACGAUAGCCCCAACUACAAUAACAACACCAACAACUCCAACAACAACAACAUCAACAACAACAUAAGCGACUAUGAUGUUAGCAACAAUAACAACAACAACAACAGUGACAUCAAUACGAAAUCAGCAGACAGGCAGGAAUUAAAACGUCGGGUGGUGAUAACAUCAGCCUGGUUCGUACUCUCACUGGUGAUAGCUCUCUACGUACCUGGCAUCGACAAAGUUAUAUCAUUCCUCGGAGGGGUGUCUGUCCUUUUCAUCUUCGUUCUUCCAGGCAUGUGCUAUUUGAAGUAUCUCCUGGAUGGAAACUCUGACGAUUUACCCGACCACUCAGCGGAUCUCGAGAACGCUGCAACUGACGAUGACGUAGCUGUUGGUGAUGACGAUGAAGAAGAUGAAGAUGAUGACGAAUUGAUAGACGCCCCCAGCGGCAAAAUCGCAAGGUCAUCUCUCAGGAAAUGCUUCAAGUACUGUGGCUACGUAAUGAGCGUCCUCUGCAUUCUGAUCGGUGGCUUCAUAUUUGGGGUGACGACGACGCAGAACGUCAUCGAUGACGUCACCAAUACUGCUACUCUCGUCUGCGUUUGA